UGGUUAAGGAGCCCUCCAGAGGCUGUUAAACGGACUGCUGGGAAUGACUCUCUGCAGCCACCGUCCUUAAACUGGGCUUCACGUCUCCUAGCAACGAGCAGUGGAUCCAUAAAACCAGUUAGCACGGAGAUAUAUGUAGAAAAAACUCUGGCCAUUAUCAAACCGGAUAUUGUUGACAAAGAGGAGGAGAUACAAGAUAUUAUUAUCAGAUCUGGAUUCACCAUUGUUCAGAGAAGAAAACUACAACUUAGCCCUGAGCAUUGUAGUAACUUUUAUGUGGAACAGUAUGGGAAAAUGUUUUUCCCCAACUUAACAGCUUAUAUGAGUUCUGGACCACUUGUUGCUAUGAUAUUAGCUAGACAUAAAGCCAUCUCUUACUGGAAAGAACUUUUGGGACCAAGCAAUAGCUUAGUAGCUAAGGAGACACAUCCAGACAGUCUAAGGGCAAUUUAUGGCACAGAUGACCUAAGGAAUGCACUUCAUGGGAGUUCUGAUUUUGCUGCAGCUGAAAGAGAAAUUCGAUUCAUGUUUCCUGAAGUGAUUGUUGAGCCUAUUCCAGUGGGACAAGCUGCGAGGGACUAUUUGAAUUUAUAUGUCAUUCCAACUCUGCUGAAAGGACUCACAGAGCUUUGUAAGCACAAGCCAGCAGAUCCUUGUAUUUGGCUAGCUGAUUGGCUGUUGGAAAAUAAUCCCAACAAACCUAAACUUUGUCACCAUCCAAUUGUAGAAGAACCUUAUUAAAAUAAAUCCUUCAAAGAACAAAUCAUGAAUGAUCUCAUUUUAAAGGCAUGAUUCUAAGCUUCUACUUAAAAAACAAACAUGAUCUCACUCAUGUGUGGGAUAUAAUGAUAAACAUAAUUUGAUGAA